UCGGCGACCACCACCCCUUAACUCCUGCUGCUAAGAAUUGGGCUCCGCCCGGUUGGGGACGCCGCGAUGUCGAGCGGGGCGGCGGGCAGCGCCGUGUCGGAUCCCCAGCACCCGGCCCGGCUCCUGAGGGCGCUGAGCUCCUUCCGCGAGGAGGGCCGCUUCUGCGACGCCCAUCUGGUGCUGGAGGGCGAGGAGAUCCCCGUGCAGACCAACAUCCUGGCAGCCGCCAGCCCUUACAUCAGAACAAAGCUGAACUAUAAUCCUCCAAAGGAUGAUGGCUCCACAUAUAAAAUUGAACUUGAAGGGAUAUCUGUUGAUAUUAUGAAAGAGAUUUUGGACUACAUCUUCAGUGGUCAGAUCAAGCUAAGUGAAGACACCAUCCAGGACGUUGUGCAGGCUGCUGAUUUAUUGCUGCUUACAGACCUGAAAACUCUGUGCUGUGAGUUUCUGGAAGGUUGCAUCGCUGCUGAGAACUGUAUUGGAAUCCGGGACUUUGCACUACACUAUUGUCUGCGUCAUGUUCAUUAUCUUGCCUCCGAAUAUCUGGAAACACACUUCCGGGAUGUUAGCAGUACGGAGGAGUUUCUGGAACUGAGUCCUCAGAGAGCAAAAGAAGUGCUGUCCUUGGAGAAGCUGAAUGUUGGGAAUGAAAGACAUGUUUUUGAAGCAGUUAUUAGAUGGAUCUCCCAUGACCCUGAGUUAAGAAAGGUUCACAUGAAGGAUGUAAUGUCAGCUGUGUGGGUAUCUGGGCUAGAUGCUACCUACUUGCGUGAGCAAAUGAUGAAUGACCCACUGGUACGGGAGAUUGUCAAAGAAUGUAGCAACAUUCCACUCACUCCGCCACAGCAGGGGGAGGCAAUGCUAGCUUCUUUUAAACCCAGAGGAUACUCAGAGUGCAUUGUCACUGUUGGUGGUGAAGAAAGAGUAUCCCGGAAACCAUCAGCAGUAAUGAGGUGUAUGUGCCCUCUUUAUGAUCCUAACAGACAGCUAUGGAUAGAACUGGCUCCUUUAAGUACACCUAGGAUAAAUCAUGGUGUGCUUUCAGCAGAAGGGUUCCUGUUUGUACUUGGAGGUCAAGAUGAAGAUAAAGCCACUUUAAACUCUGGAGAAAAGUAUGAUCCAGAUACCAAUUCAUGGAGUUCUUUGCCACCAAUGAAUGAGGCACGGCACAACUUUGGCUUAGUAGAGAUUGAUGGAGUGCUAUAUGUUCUGGGAGGCGAGGAUGGAGAACGGGAACUCAUCUCUAUGGAGUGCUAUGACAUUUAUAAUAGGACUUGGACGAAGCAACCAGACCUGACAAUGAUUAGGAAGAUUGGUUGCUAUGCGGCUAUGAAAAAGAAGAUCUAUGCAAUGGGCGGGGGUUCGUAUGGCAAGCUUUUUGAGUCUGUGGAAUGUUACGACCCAAGGAUCCAGCAGUGGACAGCUAUCUGUCCGCUAAAAGAGAGGAGGUUCGGGGCUGUGGCCUGCGGAGUUGCUUCAGAACUCUAUGUCUUUGGUGGAGUGAGAAGUCGUGAUGACAAUCAAUCCAGUGAGAUGGUGACGUGUAAAUCAGAAUUCUAUCACGAUGAAUUUAAAAGGUGGAUCUACUUGAAUGAUCAGAACUUAUGCAUCCCAGCCAGUUCUUCGUUUGUGUAUGGAGCUGUGCCCAUUGGGGCUAGUAUCUAUGUGAUUGGGGAUCUUGAUACAGGUACCAAUUAUGAUUAUGUUCGAGAAUUUAAAAGAAGCACCGGAACUUGGCACCAUACUAAGCCGCUCUUUCCAUCGGAUCUUCGCCGUACUGGAUGUGCAGCUUUGCGUAUAGCAAACUGCAAGCUUUUCCGGCUCCAGCUCCAGCAAGGAUUGUUCCGCAUCCGUGUUCCUUCUCCUUGAGAGAACUACAGAAAACAGAGGAGAUGGGAAUAAUUUGAGAGGCACUCCACCAUAACAAUAUAGCUUUAUAUAAAGGAGAAACAAACAUCUUGUGGCAGAAACUUAAACUGUAUGCUCGGCUUUGGUAUGGUAUCUGUCCUGUU